AUUCAUUCGAUAUACAAAAUAUGAAAAAGUAUACUGAAAAGGAGUUUGAAGAGAAAGUAGAGACUGCAGUAGAUAAAUAUUUAAGCAAGAAAGCACAACAAUAAUAAUAAAAAGGGUACUUUCAUCAUCAUAAUGAAUGUAUCAUUGAUAAAUUGGUUGAGAAAGAGAAAUUGAUGACAAGCAUAGCUAACAUCUUUACAGAAGUGGCCAAGAUCACUUGUAAUGAAUUGGUUGAACCCAUUAAAUAAUAGAUUGAUCAAUUAGAAUCGGAUUUGGCUAAGAUCAAAGAACUAGUCAUCAAAAGUUUUAAUCAAUUUACUCCAGUAAUGAGGAGUGUGGGAGUAUCAGAAAAAGUUAUUGAAAAUAGUAAGUAGAUAGAAACAGAAGAAAUUGAUAGAGUGAGAAAAAAAUUACAGAAUCAUGACAAUAUGAUCAGUUUAUUGAUGGAUACAUAGUAAGAUUAUACUCAUAUCAUUAGAGCUCAAUUGAAAUAGACAUUGUAGAUAUUUAAUACUUCGGAUGACAUUUAAGCGAAAUUACUAUCGCAAUUUGAUGACAAAAUAUAUUAACUCAAAUAGGAAUUAAAUGAUACAAGAGUCAAUGAUACUGUCAGACAGGUCAAAGAGAAAUGUAAUGCUUGUUGGGUGGUUCUUGGUGAUGUUAAUGAAAGAGUAGAAAAGAUGCAGAAGUACUUGGAUGAACAAACGGAAAAGAAGAAAUCAGGAGGUUUAUUAUAAAAGGCUGCUUCAUAUAUCAAAGCCUCUUGAAUUAUAUUGUGUAUUUUAAUUUAGUUAAAGUUUUUAAUAAUUCUAGAAUGU